AUGAAAUUGAGCUCCCAAAAUAUUAAGUCUAUUGCUUUUUCAGCUCUUGUAGGAAUUGCGUCUGCCCUUUCAUUUGAAAAUACAGCACCUUUGCUAAUCUCCAAUGCUGCAUUCUAUGACACCGUCAAGUUCAAAUCUAUGGAUUCGAUAGCUAAUGUGAAGGAUCUUUUAUCGACAUUAAGUGACGAGUUUUGUUUCAAGCACCCUAAUGAACGCCUUUUUUACCUAAGGGUUCCUGGUUUAGGUGCUGGUGAAAUACCAUCCGAACUAAUCAAUAUUGCUAAUGUUGCAACAGAACAUGUUGUUUAUGAUAUACCUUCAAGCGAGUUAUUCAUAGGUAAAUCAUGUUCACAAGUACAAAUUUUGAACAUGAAAGAUAUUGAUGGCUCCUACAAUCUUGAUGAACACACCAAUGUAGCUGUAAUUGAUUUCGUCAAUGCUGCUGAACUAUAUAAAACGAUUGAUCAACUUACAGCCCAAUUCACCGUGGAAAAUGUUAUUAUUCAAGGAUUACCAUCAUUUGAAACACCAGGAAAUAGCUGGUUUGAUAAAUCACAACAACAGUUGCAGAACUUACUGAAAUCCAAUUCCAAGAAAAGAGAAGAGUUAGAUUAUGGUAGAAUAGAACAAGAGCUCAAUGAAACUUUUGAAGAAGUUAAUGAAUUGCUAAAUGAUGAGCUCGUAGAAAUAUAUGAAAAAACAAAUAUUGAAUCUAAAUCCACACUUUCCCACUCCAAUAAAAAGAUUGUUAUUGGUGGUUCUCUAUUUGACAAGUAUAGUUUCUUUACCAACGGUAUUUGGAUGUGUACGAUUGUCUUUUUAUUUCUUACAUGGCUAUUGAGUAUGGCGUUGAGUUGGCUAAGCAGCUUGCAAGUCAGUUAUGGUGCCUUUGAUAAACCAUUUGAUUUUGAAAAGAAAAUGCAAUAA